CACAAUCUAAAAACUGUUAUUUUGUUAGUUUUCCUUCAUACGAAAAGAAUUAUUUUUUUUUUUUUCAUAUUGAUUUUCAGCAGAUCAGACAAUCAACGAAGGUGCGCCUGAAUUUGGGAUCUGUUUUCGCCCAUUGUAAGUGUUGUUGGAUUGAACAAAUUAGACUAGGGUUUCUUGUCGGAAAUUGAGGAUUUCUUUUUGUUAAUCUGUGAUACCGAAACAUGGCAGGAGACGGGAACGAUGAGAUUAAGAGAACUCAAGAUGAGAGGAAGAGGAUGGAGAAGGAACUCGCCGCCCUUAACGCAGUCGUUUUCGACAAGGAAAUUUACAGUUCCGAUCGUUUCGAAGGCUACGAGAGAUCGAUUGAGGUUAACGAAGACGUAGAUUCGGCUGCAGAUUACGAGGUAUCUCGAAAAUUGCCUAAUUACACUGCUCCUAGAGAGUUUCUUAAUGAUGUUCCCAGCAAUGGGAAGGAUGAUGAUACUAAUAUGGGGUUUAAGAAGCCAAGUAAAAUCAUCGACCGGGAAGAUGAAUAUCGCCGGAGGAGAUUCAAUCGGACCCUUUCGCCGGAUCGGGUUGAUCCUUUCCUCGACAAGACACCAGCUCCGGAUGUUAGGACAUAUGCGGAUGUUAUGAAAGAGGAGAUGUUGAAGAAACAGAAAGAGGAGCUUUCAAGAGAGAUACAGAAACAGAGGAAAGAGGCAGAGGAAAAGGAGGCGGCGGCGGAGAAAUCGAAGAAGAAGAAGAGGAAUAGGUGGGAUCAGUCAGAAGAGGAUGUGUCCAAGAAAGCAAAGACUGGUGUUUCUGAUUGGGACUUGCCUGAAUCAUCCUCCUCAACUCCACGAAUCGGAAAGUGGGAAGCUACACCUCCUCCGGUUGUGAAGAAGAAUAGAUGGGAUGAGACUCCGAAACCGGAUUCAGGUUCCAGUUCUGCUGUUGGUGGUGAUGGGAUGCUCUGGGAUGCCACCCCUAAUAAAAGGCAGAAGUCCAGGUGGGACGAGACGCCGGCGUCCAUGGGGAGUGUAACUCCGAUGUCGAAUGCUACACCGGCUGAAAAUACAUGUACCCCUGGAGUGACACCUUUUGGAGGAAUUGAGCUUUAUAGUCCAACCCCAAGUCAAAUUGGCAGCAUUGAACAGUAUAAUAGACUGAUGUUGGAGAUGGAAGUUGAUCAGAGAAAUCUACCAUGGACUGAUGACAUGCUGGAUGCUGUGUUUUCUCAUCAGGAGGGCUACAAGGUUUUGGAUCCUCCGCCUUGUUAUAUGCCGAUUAGAACUCCUGCCAGGAAGCUUAUUGGCACCCCAACACCAUUGGGGCAAGCAGGGUAUCUUAUACCCGAGGAACAUAGACGUCCGGCAUAUGAUGCGCCGAAAGAGACGCCGGGUCUGCCACUCCUGAAGCCCGAAGACUACCAGUUUUUUGGUUGCCUAAUGCAGGAUGUAGAUGAAGAAAAGCUGUCUCCUGACGAUAAGACAGAACGAAAGAUUAAGAAGCUUUUGUUACGUGUUAAGAAUGGGGGACAACAUGCGAGGAAAAUGGCUUUUCGUGAGUUCAGGUUAAAGGCCAUUGACUUUGGUGCCCCGGCACUCUUCAAUAACGUCCUUCCAUUGCUUAUGCAACCAACAUUGGAGGACCAAGAGAGGCAUUUGCUAGUGAAAGUCAUUGACAUUCUACUAGAAAAGUUGCAAAACGACAUAAAUCCUUUUGUGCACAAAAUUCUUGUGGUGAUUGAGCCCCUGCUGCUUGAUGAAGAUUACUAUACCCGUGUAGAGGGUCGACAGAUCAUCUCUAGUCUCAGCAAGGCGGCAGGCUUGACGAUUAUGAUUAAGUCAAUGCGUCCUGAUAUCGAUAAUAUUGAUGAGUAUGUGCGGAAUACCACCGCGAAAGCUUUCAGCAUUGUUGCAUCUACACUUGGAAUUCCCGCUUUGUUGCCUUUCUUGAAAGCCGUGUGCGUGAGUAAGAAGUCUUGGCAAGCGCGUCACACUGGUAUUAAGAUAGUAAUGGAGAUUGCAAUUUUGAUAGGUUGUGCUGUUCUUCCUCACUUGAAAUCUCUGAUAGAAAUCAUAGAACACGGGCUGAAUGAUGAGAACUCCAGGGUUGUGACCAUCACUGCUAGAGCUCUUGCUUCUCUUGCUGAGGCUGCUGCACCAUAUGGUAUCGAAAGCUUUGAUUCUGUAUUGAUGCCUUUGUGGAAAGGGGUGAGAUUGCGUCGUGGUAAGACUUUGGCUGGCUUCUUGAAAGCUAUUGGUUUUAUCAUUCCGCUGAUGGAGGCUAAUUAUGCUAGUUACUAUACCAAGGAAGUGAUGCCAAUACUGAUUCGUGAGUUUCAGUCACCUUAUGAAGAAAUGAAACAGAUUGUUCUGAGAGCUGUGAAGCAGUGUGUGAGCACCGAGGGGGUUGAGGCAGACUACAUCAGGAAUGACAUUCUUCCUGAAUUCUUUCGCAACUUCUGGGUGAGAAGAAUGGCUUUGGACCGUCGGAAUUAUAAGCAAUUAGUUGAGACUACUGUUGAGAUAGCAAAUAAAGUUGGUGUGGCUGAUAUAGUGGGGAUGAUUGUUGAAGAACUUAAGGACGAAAGUGAACCUUAUAGAAGGAUGGUCAUGGACACGAUUGAGAAGGUGGUCACAAAUCUGGGUGCUUCAGAUAUUGAUGCUCGUUUAGAAGAGCUGCUGAUUGAUAGUAUGCUUUACGCCUUCCAAGAGCAAACCUGCGACGACGCCAAGAAUGUGAUGCUGAAUGGUUUUGGAGCUGUUCUCAAUGCCCUUGGGAAGAGAGCGAAGCCUUAUCUUGUUCAGAUGAGUUGUACCAUCAAAUGGCGUUUAAAUAAUAAGAGCGCAAAGGUCAGAGAACAAGCAGCUGAUCUUAUAUCCAGGAUCGCUGUUGUCAUUAAGCAGUGUGAAGAAGAAAAGAUAUUGGCCCAUCUUGGUGUUGUUCUUUAUGAAUUUUUAGGAGAAGAGUUCCCAGAAGUUCUAGGUUCCAUAUUAGGUGCACUCAAGGCCAUAGUCAAUGUUAUUGGUAUGACUAAGAUGGCUCCUCCGAUUAAGGAUUUGCUUCCUAGGUUGACUCCAAUUCUGAAAAAUCGCCACGAAAAAGUGCAGGAGAACUGCAUUGACCUCGUAGGAAGGAUAGCUGAUCGAGGUUCCGAGUAUGUCUCUGCCAGGGAAUGGAUGAGGAUCUGUUUUGAUCUUCUUGACAUGCUCAAAGCCCACAAGAAGGGUAUCCGUCGCGCUACAGUAAAUACUUUUGGCUAUAUUGCAAAGGCCAUUGGUCCGCAGGAUGUGCUUACGACGUUGCUGAAUAAUCUUAGAGUUCAAGAGCGCCAGAACCGUGUCUGCACCACUGUGGCCAUUGCAAUUGUGGCAGAAACCUGUUCUCCAUUCACAGUUUUGCCUGCCCUCAUGAAUGAAUACCGCGUCCCAGAACUGAACAUUCAGAAUGGUGUUUUGAAAUCAUUGUCUUUCCUUUUCGAGUACAUUGGUGAGAUGGGUAAGGACUAUAUUUAUGCAGUCACACCAUUGCUGGAGGAUGCUCUCAUGGACAGAGACUUGGUUCACCGUCAAACCGCUGCUUCAGCUGUUAAACACAUGGCCCUUGGGGUUGUGGGACUUGGUUGUGAGGAUGCUUUGAUUAAUCUGAUGAAUUAUGUCUGGCCCAACAUUUUCGAGACAUCCCCGCACGUCAUCAACGCCAUUACAGAAGCCAUUGAAGGGAUGAGGGUUGCAUUAGGAGCAGCAUUCAUCCUUAACUACUGUCUUCAAGGGCUGUUUCAUCCCGCCAGGGUGGUGAGGACAGCGUACUGGAAGAUCUACAACUCGGUUUAUGUCGGUGCGCUGGACGCUCUAGUGGCAUCGUAUCCUGUCAUACCCUAUGAGACUGUUGAUCCCAAGGACCCUGAAAAGAAAAUCACUGCAUACACUCAGCCCGAGUUGAUGAUGUUCAUUUGAAUCGAGAUAUUAUUGAGUUUAGGAUGGUAGUAGAGAUUGGUAAUACUGUGUAUUGGUCAUAGUAAGAACACUACGGUUUGAUAUUUCUUCCAAUGUUGUGCUAUUACUGUCUUAAUUUUGAAACUUUGAAUUUUUCCUCUUUGGAAACUUUGAACGAUGUGGUUUUUUUUUUUUUCCAUGUUUGCAGGGCAUCAACAACCCCAUAUUCAUGAUGGGUUUCG